GGGACUGCUCAGGGGUACUCAUAGUUUACAGCUUUUUUCACAUAUCAUCUGUGCUAGGAGUUUAGGGCCACCAAAGAUACAGUCAUGGAAACAACACAGAUUUGGCUGUUUGUUUGGCUUUUUUUUUUUUAAUCUUCAUUGCUCUGAUAGGAGAGCAUGUCAGUGCUUAUCGUGUGUUAAGUAUAUUUGUCUGUGUAGGUAAAUGUUUACGUAUAUGUACAUACCGUGUAUAGCACUUGAGGAUAUGGAAGUGGCAAGAUCUGUGGAGUGCAAAGUAAUUGAGUACCAAAAAGGAGAUAGCUUAUAAGUGCAGCAACUGGGUAAUAGAAAAGAACAGCAAAGUAAAGAAUAGACAGGGAGAAAGAUUCUUAUGCGAGAAUGCCUAUUUGGUGCCUGAGAAGUAAGAGGCAAGAAGAGAGGUAAGGUCGAGAGAAAAUUAAUACAAACAGUUGAUGGGAAGAGGAAGGGGAAGGAGAGCCUUUGGUGUAAGGAAGUGUUGCAAACACUGAUGAUUUAUCUGGAAAAACCUGGAGCUUGUGAGAGUAUCACUCAGAUACAACACCACACCUUCCCGUAGGGUUACGUAGGACAGGCAGGCUUUAUGUUUUUUUAACAGUGUAGAAAAGUGGUAAGAUUAACUGUACCUAAGAUGUCUGUGCUGUAAGUUACUCGAGUAAGCUUUAUUUUAUUCAUUUUUUUUCUCCUAUUAAAAGGUUCAGGUUAAAAGGUGUUAACUUUACAACACAGACUUCAGGUGGUGCUUACAGCUCUCACCCCAAUGAGAGACUGAUAUUUAAAAUAUAAUGUACCCUACUGCCAUUCUGGCCUGAACAGAAGAGGGUGGGAAUGUUCACAUUAAGUUUUAAAUAUUACUUCAUCUCCUGCUGGGAUCUAAACUGCUAAUCCUUCUUCUUGCUAAGAGAAGAAGAAACCACUGAAACUGUGGGAGCUGACUUUGGCUGCCUUGGAGAUAAUGAAAUAUUAUCAGUAGCUCAGAAAGGAGUAAUUUGAAGUUAGGAUUUCAGCAUAUAAAGAAAAUCAUUCUGUUGAAGUACCAAGAUAAAGAAAGCUGUUAUUUUGCUUUCCUAGGAAGUCCUGUGUUCAAAGUACUUUGAUUCUGCAAACAAUUGAUCUCUUUAGAGAUUCAAAUUCAGUGAGUGCAACAAUCUCACUGUAAGCUUUUUUGUUAAAACAGGAACAGUAAAAACGGUUGAAGAACCAUCUAGCAAUUAAAAACCAUGGAAACUUAGUGAAAAAAUAAAUCACAUCGUGCACAAUGGAGGAUUAUACAAAAGGCCUUUCAAUGAAGCUUUUGAAGAAACACCAAUGCUGGUUGCUGUGCUGACCUACGUAGGCUAUGGUGUUCUCACUCUCUUUGGGUAUCUGCGAGACUUCAUGCGGCAGUGGAAGAUUGAGAAGUGUCAAAAUGCAAUAGAAAGAGAAGAACAAAAGGACUUUGUCCCAUUGUAUCAGGACUUUGAAAACUUCUAUACCAGAAACCUCUACAUGCGCAUUCGAGACACCUGGAACCGUCCUAUUUGCAGUGUGCCUGGAGCCAAAGUGGACAUGAUGGAGAGAGUUUCCCAUGACUAUAACUGGACGUUCACGUACACGGGGAGAGUGAUAAAAGGUGUUAUUAAUAUGGGUUCCUAUAACUACCUUGGAUUUGCACAGAACGAUGGGACUUGCCAGCAGGCAGCAGCUAAAGUUCUGUCCCGGUAUGGAGCUGGGGUGUGCAGCAGUAGGCAAGAGAUGGGAAACUUGGACAAACACGAGGAGCUGGAAAAGCUAGUUGCCAGAUUUCUAGGUGUGGAAUCUGCAAUGGCAUAUGGCAUGGGAUUUGCAACCAACUCAAUGAACAUUCCAGCUUUAGUAGGCAAGGGCUGUCUAAUUUUGAGUGAUGAACUGAACCAUGCGUCUCUAGUGCUUGGAGCAAGACUAUCAGGAGCAGCUAUUCGAAUCUUUAAGCACAACAAUAUGCAAAGCCUGGAGAAGCUGCUCAAAGAUGCUAUUGUGCAUGGGCAACCUCGUACACGGAGGCCCUGGAAAAAAAUUCUUAUCUUGGUGGAAGGAAUAUACAGUAUGGAGGGAUCCAUAGUCCGUUUGCCUGAAGUGAUUGCCCUGAAGAAGAAGUAUAAAUCCUAUCUGUACCUUGAUGAGGCUCAUAGUAUAGGAGCACUGGGUCCUACUGGUCGGGGUGUAGUGGAGUAUUUUGGACUCAAUCCUGAAGAUGUGGAUGUUAUGAUGGGAACAUUUACCAAAAGCUUUGGAGCUGCUGGAGGAUAUAUUGGGGGCAAGAAGGAGCUGAUUGAUUACCUCAGGACUCAUUCGCACAGUGCUGUGUAUGCAACAUCACUAUCACCUCCUGUUGUGGAGCAAAUCAUUACCUCCAUGAAGUGCAUUAUGGGUGAAGAUGGUACAACUUUUGGGAGAGAGUGUGUGCAGCAGCUAGCAGAGAACACAAGGUAUUUCAGGAGACGACUCAAAGAGAUGGGCUUUAUCAUCUAUGGCAAUGAAGAUUCCCCUGUUGUGCCUCUGAUGUUGUACAUGCCAGCAAAAAUUGGUGCAUUUGGGCGUGAGAUGCUAAAGCGGAACAUUGGCGUUGUGGUUGUGGGCUUCCCUGCAACUCCCAUCAUCGAGUCCAGAGCCAGAUUCUGUUUGUCUGCAGCUCAUACCAAAGAGAUGCUUGAUACAGCUUUAAAAGAAAUCAAUGAAGUUGGGGACCUUUUGCAACUGAAAUAUUCCCGUCACCGUUUGGUACCUCUCUUGGACCGGCCAUUUGAUGAGACUACAUAUGAAGAAACAGAAGACUGAGUUCCCUCCAUAUGCCUUGGUGGGAGGGACGCACCCCGUGGGACACUCUGUGGCAUGCAGACCACAGUCUGUGAACAACACACUUCUGACUGCUCAGUGUAAAAGACAUUUCCUCACAAUACUGAAGUGGCCACAUCAAUUCUAAAUGGCAUUUUGUAAAUAGAGAGAAGAGAAGGAAAAAAGAAAAGCUUUGAUUCACGUGUCUUCAGGGUCUGGCCCUAGAGGUGCUUGGCUUUACUUCUUCAUGUUGCUUUUUUUAUUUAUUUGUCUCAAUAAGUUCACAGCAAUCCACGUUGGCUGUGGCUGAUCAGCUCCGAUUUUGUAUGCACCAAUGUCCUCCCGGAUGCUGGCUGAGAUGUUGUGAGCAUGUGUGAUGCUGGCAUGGCAGCAUUUCCAGUGUCACUGCGAUGCGUCUGAACUUGUAGUAAGGGGUGAGCUGACCUGUCUGUUGAUUGGAGACUCCCUAGAGAAACUGUUGAUUGCUAACUUUGACAUAUUUAACAAGAUUGAUAAUCAACCAAAGCUUUUUUUCUUUUGCAGUUACUUGUUUAAAACUUGAAUAUAGCUUUUUUUAAAAUAAAUGUGUUGCUGACACGUCA